AGAAAGAAAAGUCUGCUUCAUUUCACGGAUUUUGGAGGUGUUUUCAGAUGAAAAAGGCUUUUGGUAAGAGAAGAAGGAAGAAGUCUCAUGGCGUCCACAGCUUCUUCUUCUUCUUCACACGAAACCCAUUAAUGAUUAUCUUCAACUAGUCUCUAUUACUUACCAUGGUCUGCUGCCAAAGCACUACACCCAACUCUCAGCUAACUUUGAGUUCAUCACAAUAAGCCACGCCACACCCUUUUCAAACCCCUAUACACCAACGUUUCUCAAACCCCAAAACACCUUAAAAAACGCCCAUUCAUUUUGUUGGGGCUCUUUCUUUCGCCAUGGCUGCCAAAGAGUCGAGCUCUGCUUCUUCAAAUGAUACUAAAAUCAAAGGCGUGCUCACUCAUGGUGGUCGAUACGUUCAGUAUAAUGUGUAUGGCAACUUGUUUGAGGUCUCAAGCAAGUACGUUCCUCCUAUUCGUCCUAUCGGUAGAGGAGCUUAUGGCAUUGUUUGUGCUGCUGUCAAUUCAGACACACACGAGGAAGUUGCCAUCAAGAAGAUUGGUAAUGCAUUCGACAAUAGAAUAGAUGCCAAAAGGACAUUGAGAGAAAUCAAGCUCCUUCGCCACAUGGACCAUGAAAAUGUUAUUGCCGUUAAGGACAUCAUACGGCCACCAAAGAAGGAGACCUUCAAUGAUGUGUAUAUUGUUUAUGAAUUGAUGGAUACUGAUCUUCAUCAGAUCAUUCGCUCUGACCAACAACUAACUGAUGAUCACUGUCAGUACUUUCUGUAUCAGCUGUUACGUGGACUGAAGUAUGUUCACUCAGCCAAUGUUUUGCACCGUGAUCUUAAGCCCAGUAAUUUGCUCCUAAAUUCUAACUGUGACCUUAAAAUUGGAGACUUUGGAUUGGCAAGGACAACAUCUGAGGCAGAUUUCAUGACCGAGUAUGUUGUUACUCGUUGGUACCGAGCACCAGAGUUGCUCCUUAACUGCUCAGAGUACACAGCUGCUAUUGAUAUAUGGUCUGUCGGCUGCAUCCUUGGUGAAAUUAUGACCAGAGAGCCUUUAUUCCCUGGGAAAGAUUAUGUUCAUCAGUUGAGACUUAUCUUAGAGUUAAUAGGCUCACCUGAUGAUGCUAGCCUUGGAUUUCUCCGAAGUGAUAAUGCCCGAAGAUACAUGAAACAAUUUCCACAAUGCCGGAAGCAACAAUUUGCUGCUAAAUUCCCCAACAUGUCUCCUGGAGCCAUGGAUCUGCUCGAGAAAAUGCUCGUCUUUGAUCCCACUAAGCGCAUUACUGUUGAAGAGGCACUUUGUCACCCAUACUUGGCAUCCCUUCACGAUAUUGGCGAUGAACCUGUGUGCUCUAGGCCUUUCAGUUUUGAUUUUGAGCAUCCAUCAUGCAGUGAAGAUCACAUUAAAGAGCUCAUCUGGAGGGAAUCAGUGAAGUUCAACCCAGACCCUGCCUAUUAAAAAUUAUCUUGCUUUGCUUAAUGGUGUAGAAUUAUAUGGUGAAAAACCUUGACCCUGUACAUGGUAUAUUGUUCCUGGAUGAUAGGAAUAGCUCUAGAGAUUGUUUCUCUUAAAUUGAAGUCAACUAAGAACUAUAAUGUGCAAUGAGCUGAGCCGAUUUAGUGUUGACUGAAUAUCAGCAAUCUCCAAUGGAUGGUCAAAUUUGGUUUUUAAUUGGUUCUUGUAUGAGGCUAUGGGCUAUUAAGGCUCCAAAACAGAGUUCAAAGUCAGGAACAGGAAAUAUUGCCAACUUCCAAUGACAUUAUAACAUAAAACUUUGGACUAAUGAUUGUGAUGUUGCAUUUCUCCUCACAAGGGUAUUUGUUCUUUCAAAGAUCAAAUAAAACCAGUAUAUUAAUAUGAAAAUAUUCCUUUUUUUU